AUGAGUGAUUUAUUUGAUAAAUGUGUUUCUUUCGUUAACUCGUUACCUAAAACUGAAUCAAUUUCAAUGGAGACAAAAUUGGACUUAUAUAAAUAUUAUAAGCAAAGUAUGUUUGGUCCAUGUAAUAUUGACGCCCCAAGCUUUUUUAAAUUUGAAGAGAAAAAAAAAUACGAAGCAUGGAAAUCACUUGAAGGGUUAAGUAAAGAUGAUGCCAAAGCAAAAUAUGUUGAAAUUGUUACUUCAUUAUAUCCUGAAUGGAACAAAUCAUAA